GGGACUAAGUGGUGGGAGAAAAGCUCCGUCCGCGGGAGAUGCGGAGGGGCGGGAAGUGAGAACUCGCGGUCCAAGCUGCGUGCUGCUCCUGCGGGCUGGAACAUGGGCGAUUUGCAGGAAGGUAAGGACAUCCGGAAGGGAAGAUUGAGACCCUGCAAUUGGGAGCACCUUAGGGACCCACAACGGGCAUUCAUUCCUCCCUCCCCUGCAGAUGUAAAGUUUAUAGUGGAUGAGACCUUGGACUUCGGAGGGCUGUCACCAUCGGACAGUCGUGAGGAGGAAGACAUACCAGUGUUGGCAACUCCAGAGAAACCCCUUCGGCGGGGCCUCUCCCACCGGGGCGACCUCAAUGCAGUGGCCCCCACCCCCCAGGGCGUGAGCUUCAGCUUAGGCCUCCUCAGCCCAGCGAAGAUGGAGGAGGUCCUCGAUGAGGCCAACAGGCUGGCAGCGCAGCUGGAGCAGUGUGCCCUGCAGGAGCGCGAGAGGGCGGGCGAGAGCCCGGGGCCCCGCAGGGCGAAGCCCAGCCCUCGGAGGGAGACCUUUGUGCUGAAGGACAGUCCUGUCCGAGACCUGCUGCCCACUGUGAGCUCUUCCGCUCGGAGCACCCCCUCUCCAAGCAGCCUGACACCCCGACUCCGGGGCAGCGAUAGGAAGGGGUCCGUCAGGGCUCUUCGGGCAGCCUCUGGAAAGAAGCCCUCCAGCGUGAAGAGGGUGAGUGUAGCGGCUCUGGGUUGGAUGUGUGGCCCCAGACACAGUUCAGGCAUAGAGUGGCUCCUUGUUGGGAAAAUGGGGAUAGUGAAAUUCUACCUCACAGAAUUGUUGGAAUUAACUGAGAUACCGUGAGCCAUGCACUUUCCACUGUGUCUGUGCAGAACUCUAUAACGUCUAUAAUAAGCUCUCAAUAAAUGGUGGUGGUGGUGGUGGUGAUGAAGUUAGCAGCUAGCUGCUGCCCUUCCUUACUGGGAUCUAGGCAACUCUCCACCUCUAUCCCUCAGCCAGCAGAACAGAUUCUUUUUCCAUUUUAGCUCUUUUUUUUUUCCCUCUCUCUCUCUG